GUUUACAUGAAUGUCUGUCUGUCUGCCUGGCUGCCUAUUCAUUCAUCAGAUGUGAUGAUUCCCAGCUGCCGCAGCUCCUCGGCAAUCUGCCAAUGCAAGACCUUCUUCCUCGCCCAAUCACCCACCACCACCCACACAGCCAACAGCACACACAGCACCGCACCCACACACACCACCAACAUGGCCCUCUGCUGCUCGAUGCGCCAUCUGGCCGAGAGGCGUAUGAAGAGCUCGCCGCCCUCCCACGGCAGUGGGUCGUCCGUUGGCCCGACGGUGAGAGGGAUGUCCGUGCCGUCGGCCUGCUCGUGCACAACGGCGAUGGAUGUGGGCAGCCGACCCCACUCAUCAACCAACACCAACACAUUGGGGCCCUGACGCAGCCUGGUAGACAGUCAGACAUACGGACGAAUGGAUGGAUGGAUGGGUGAGCGAUGGGACGACAGCGUGUAUGUGCCGAUGUGUGUGUGUACCAGUCUGCCGGGAUGUGCAGGCGUUGCUGUGACAGCUCGCCCGCACCCACCCUGACGACACACAGACACAAUCACACGCUAAUAAGGCGAUGAAUGUCUGCCUCCUCCAGUGGCCUGCCUGACUGCCUGACUGUCUGCCGACCUGCCUCACCUGCAGUGGGGAUUGACGGGGCUCCACUCCCAGUCGGGGCACUUGGGGGCCUCAUGGUGCUGGCGCCGCGAACGACGACCUGAGGUGGCGGGGGCAGGUGGGUUCUUGAUGCGCCAGUAACGACCUGAUGGGACGAUGGACAAGAAUGACCGACACAUACAUAGGUAGUGCAUUCCGUUCGCAUCGCAUCGAUCGCAUCAGCCAGUUAGUCAGGCCAGCCAGUGUCUCUCUCGUCUCGCUUAGCUUACCAAGUGGGCGUCCGUUGAUAUAGACGAAUCCUUUGUAGAGAGAGGGAAGGGGCGCGGCAGCAGCGCCGCCCACGAGGGACAAUGACGAUGCGUUGGCAUCGUCGAAGAGCACCAGGCUGUACCUGCCUUUUACCAGGUCGAUGGGCUCAUCAACGGACACCUCUACCUGGGACCUGCAUUCACACAAACGCAUCACGCACCUGCGUAGGAUCUCUCAUCGGCUCACCACAGGGGCAGUCCAUCUCGCCAUGCAUUUGCCCCACUCGUCGUGUUCCCUCCUGCCGUCCACUCGUCGGCCGAGAAGUUGGUGGAGAGUUUGAGCCUCUCGCCUUGCAGCCCGGCGCGGUGAAUCCAGCCAUACAUCCGCAGCUGCUCCCGCCCCCCAGCGCCUUUUGGUGGGCUGAUGAUGGGCACUCCUCCCCAAAUGCCCACUGGUGAGAAGACGGAGCCCACCCACGGCCAGGAGAGGCCCAUGCACACCGACAGAAUGGCGAUCUGGUUGAAGUGGGAGGGAAUAGACAGACGGACGGCGGGCGGCUGAGGUUGUUGGCCUUUGCUGUUGGGGGUGGGCUGGUGGUCAAUGGGCGUCCAUGUGGUGAGGGGCGUGCCGUCGAUGAACACCUGGAGUGCGUCGGGCUCGCUCAUCUCGGGCAGCAGCAGCUCCAGCCUCGAGUGCUUCUUCCGCCACUUGCCGAUCUGGCUCGCAAUCGACGUUCCCGAAGUGUGGUUCAUCUGCCACACAUACCUGCACACACACACACACACACACACGCACACACGUGUCAUUCCCCCUCCUGUCUGCCCUGCCUGGCUCUCACACUGACCACAUGGCGUCGGUGUAUCCGAGUGUGAGAAUCAUCUGCGACUGGGGCACCUCGAACAGCACCGACCCGCCCCGCACCAGACACUGCCGCACCGCCGCCCAGUCGUCCCCGGUGAGGGUGUUGGGUGCGUCCGCCCAGAAGACCCGCUCCCGCAGGAAGGCCUCAUGGCGCAGCUCGGGCGAGAAGUACCUGUAGUUGCUGAGGGGCUCGUCACGCACGCGGCUGAAGUCAACCAUCGACUCGCGAAAUACCAAAGGGCCUUCACUUGACGGUGGAUGAAGGAAGCAACACACACACACAUAGAGCAGUCCAUCACCGCACCGGUCUCUGUCAUCGAUGGCUCACUGUCUCACCUAGGGCGGAACACCCCUUUCUGAAUGACCCGUGUCCCACCACCACCAGCAGCUCCGGCACUCUCCUCAGUGUCCAUCCCUCUCAGUCUCAGCUCGCCGGGCUCGAUGUCGGCUGUGAGGUGUCCGUGUGUGGUGGUGGUGGGCUGCCGCCUGAAUAUCUUCCAUGGCUUCACAAAGAUGGAUGGAUGCGUGUGGGGGGCCGGCUUGGGCGACGGGAGCUUGAACGAUAUGUGGGAGCUGUUGUACACCAUCGUGUCGAGAUGACGGUCGAACACGACUACCGUCCUGGUGGGAUCCACAACACACACACAUGGAGACAGCCACGCCUUUCUUGCAGCCAUAUACGGCUCACCUGGGUGUGAUGUGCAGAGAGUGCCCGCGCCACUUGACUCGUGAGCUCUUGGGGCUGCCGGUGUUAAUUAAGAAGGCCACAGGUCCCCAGUCGAGGGCGUAUGUGUGGUCGCCGCCCCUGCCCUUGACGUCCUUGAGAGGCGUUCGGGCGGGAGGCAUCGCUACCGUGGUGGGCAUCCGCGGGUGCCGCUCCAUCAACACGUCACUGUACAUGUGCAGCACCGCAUUCAGAUGCAACAGAUGCUGCACAAACAGACAGACGGAGAGAGAGAGAGAGAGGUGCCACCGUCCAUCCAUCCGUCGAUCGGUCUUCUGUAGUCUGUCUGUCAUCGCACCUACCUGGAAUUUGGGCGUUCUCGCGAAUGCGUAUUCGUCGAGAGCAAAGGCGAAGUCAUAUGAGGUCGGCACCAGACGACCCGCAGACCGCCGAUGGAAAUUCGAACCUGAGAAACAAACACCACACCACACACACGCCUUCCUGCCUGCCUGACUCUCGUUAGUUAGACAGUUCGUUCUGGCUUCCCUUCUACCUCCGGCCCAUAGAUGAUAGUUCAUGACUGUGCCGCCCUUGGCAAACCACUCGAGGACGGCGUAGGCUAUGUGGCUGGCAGGCCGGUCGAGCUGCCCCUCGCCCCAGUGUGACGCCAUACCCGUCCAGUGCUCCGACCACAGACACGGCAAACGACCACCUGCAGACGACGGGAAAAUAGCUCUCGCCUGGCAGGACAUGUGUGUUCCUGCGGACUUACCGUGGCAAGCAUAAUCGGCCCAGUCGCCUGCACACACACACACGAGGAUGUCAUGCGCUGCUGCUGGGUCUGUCUGUCAAUAAAUGCACGUCACGUGCCGUUGGUUGGUUCGUUAGUUACCGCAAUCGAAGCCUUGGCACGCCGGCAGCAGCCCCUGGCGCAGCACCACCUUGUCCUUUUUCCGCCUCUUGAUCCUCUUCCCGGCAUCCUCACUCCCACCGCCCCCAUCAUCACCCAGACCAAAGGUCGCCUUGGCUCGUCGCGUCAGCCCGGCCAAUACGCCUUCGGGCUCGUCGGCCUCUCCCCUCUCCCAUUCAGAUGCGUCAGCAAGAGUGCCUUGCCCGUAGAGCGCGUCGAUGACCCGGUCGUCGCCACCCGGGCAGGUGACGACAGGGAUCCUCCUGCCUGUCUUGGCUUCCUGCACGAGCUCGUCCACACGGUCGGUCAUCCACUGCCGGUGCUUCUCCGCAAGUAGCAUGUCGUCCUCCUUCACCCCUCGCCCAUCCCUGUCGCUGCCAUUCUCACGCCCCUUGCGCAGAAAACACCCCUCCAGCUGCAGAAACGACGCCGCCGCCCCCACAUGGCUAUGGCUGCUGUUGGCCGACGACGGCGCGAAUGUGUGGUUUCUCCUCGGCUGGAUGUCGCCCCUGUACCAAUACGAGUUGGUAGGGCAGCCGCAUGGCUCUGUGGCGAGCAUGAUGACGGGCCCGCCGUUGGUGGCGAGGUAGGGGCUGAUGAGUGUGGUGAUGGAUGUGAGCCACCGGUUGAGCCAGUAGCGCCAGGGGGGGUUGUCGGGGUCGCGGAUGAUGAUGUCCGGCACGUACUGCAGCCAGUGGGGCAGACCACCAAAGUCAAAAUCGCCGCAUAUCCCUACACAUACACAUACAUCUAGACCCGCGGUGAAAGGAAUGCUGGAAACGGCGGUCGUUGCCGUGUGUGUGGGUGCUGUGCUGACUGACCAGGCCCUAUGUUGAGGAUGACAAAGAGGUUGUGAGCUGCCGCCAGCCGGAUGAAGUCAAAGAGGUCUUUGGACCCCUCGAAUGUGUACUCGCCGUGCUCCGGUUCGUGCUCGCCCCACACCACAUAGGUCUGCACGGCAUUGAACCCAGACGAACGCGCGUAGUCCAGCAGUCGGUACCACUCACUAACACCUGACGGACAAAGGGGCGGAAACAGAGAGAGAGAGAGAGAGAGAGAGAGAAGCAGCACCACCCAAGCAGUGCAGGUGCACGGCAAUGAAACAAGCAGCCUCUCUGCGUGCCUCACUUGCUCGUGUGUAGUGCAUGCCGGCUGAGAGGAUGAGGGUGGGUUGGCCGUCGACGGUCAGCCAUCUGUCCCGGAACUCCACGCGAUAAGGCAGCCCCUCUGGGACGUCGAACAGCCGGACCAGACGACCAGACGACAGCGACGGCACCGUCAUCACCAUCAGCAGCAGCGGCAGCAGGCACGAUACGACAGAUGACACAUGUUUUUCCAUCAACCAAUGGCAGAUCUACUGCAUCACAGGGGAGGCUGCAGAUGUGCAGACCAUGCACUCAGCAUCUUUCCG